GGGUGAGAAGUGAGCCUGACGGUGUGGGGGAGGGCCCAGAUGGUGAGCAGCUGGCUCAGACUCCCAUCACUACUAGUCCCUCAGCCUCUAGCACCACCUCCUUCAUGAGCUCGUCACUGGAGGACACCACCACAGCUACUACACCUGUCACUGACACCGAGACCGCCCCCGCCUCUGAGUCUCCAGGCGUCAUGCCUCUCAGCCUCCUCAGGCAAAUGUUCUCCAGCUACCCCACCACCCUGGUUCCAACUCGCCGGGCCCAGACUCCGCCUGUGUCAUCUCUGCCAACGUCUCCAUCAGAUGAGGUGGGCCGCAGGCAGAGUCUCACCUCGCCAGACUCUCAACCCACCAGAACACAAAACCGAGCUGGCACCUCUCUAUCAGACCCCAGCAGCAGACUGUCCACAUCCCCCCCGCCUCCUGCCAUUGCUGUGCCACUGCUGGAGAUGGGUUUUUCUCUGCGCCAGAUCACCAAAGCUCUGGAAGCUACAG